AUGGGGCCCGCCGGGCCCAGAUCUGGGCCGGGGGCGCGACGCCGGCCACCCAGCUCCACCACGCCGCCCCGCCGCCAAGGAGCGGCGCCGCCAAGGAACGCCGCCACCACCACGCCUGCCGCCGCCGCAGGGCCGCCGGACCGCAGCCAAACCGAGGAGCACCGCCGCCGCCUCCCUGCCCCGGGAAGGGAGCACGCGCGCGCGGGGACAAGAAGGCCCGCCGCCGCCAGCACCACCCGGGCCAGCGCCGGGGGGCGUCCUCCAGCGGCGACGGGGGGAGACGGGGGAGGAGGGAGCCCGCGGGAGAGGAGCUCGAGCUCCACCCCGGCCACCUCCCGGGGAGGCGGCGCGGGGCGGAUCUGGACGAGUGAAGGAGGGUGGCGGAAGGGAACGGAGGCAGGGGGCUAG